CAACACAAUCAAUUUACAUCAAAGUCCCUCUCUCUCACUCUCUCAUCUAUAUCUUUCUCUCACUAGCAAACUUUCUGCUCAUUAUUGUUUUUUGUUUGGUAUCCAUGACUCUCAUUUCCCACUAUUUCAUCACCUCAUCGAUUCUAUGAGAUCGUUAAAUUAGUUCUAUAACCGAAUGGAUUUUCCUUAUAUUGAUAUCUUUAAUUAGAUUUCAUCGUCUGUAAUCAUCUUCAAUUCGUCAUCGUUAUUCUUCUCCUUCAUGUGCAUAUAUCAGUUUGAUCUGUUCUUUCAUCUUUAGUGUUCCUUGAAUCUUUGUGAUAAUAUAUAUAUAUAUAUAUAUAUAUAUGUGUGUGUGUGUGUGUGUAUAUUAGGUUUUGAUUAUAUGUGAUGAUACAUCUAGGGGAGGGCUGCUCAUCAUCAGGGAUAGCACUCUAUGGAGGAAUUUUUAAAUUCAUGCCUCGAUUUCUUUCAGGUACAUCUAUUUAGUACAUGAUCCGUUUUGUGUAUGUAUAGCUUUGGAUGAAUCUGAAACUGCAGUACAUUUCUAUGAAAGAUUGACGAAAUUUGUUCUUGUAAUUGGUUAUAGUGCUAGUAUAGGAAUUGUACAUUGAAGUGUCUUAUAUAAUGGAUGUUAUGAAAAUUGUUUGAAGGGUUGUUUUUUUUAGAGAAGAAUGGAUUUGCAGAGUAAUCAUCACACUGAAUCUGGACGGUUUGAACAAAUAGUUUCGCAAUUUCUUCUGAAAAGCUUGCAUAUCAUUUUGGACUCUAGGGUUCCUUCUAUUAGGCGUGAUCAAAGUAGUGAUCUGUCAUUGGGUACUCAAGUGAAAAAGAGUGACAAAUGGUUCAGUUUAGUACUAGGAGACCGUCCUGCUGCUUUAGAUAAUUUUAAUUUCUGGCGUAGAAAUUUAACAGAACCAAUGAUAAUUGACAUAAUUCUUGUUCGAGAAGGAUCGAAUUCUUUAUCUGAGUGCAAUCCGUGUAGUAGUCUUGGAUUGGGGAAGGGUGUUGAGACGGUUAUAGAGAGGUGGGUUGUUCAAUAUGAGCAUCUUAGAACAAUGUAUCCUCAAAUGGGCGAACCUUCUGCUUCUUACAAGAAAACAUACAAGAAAUCAAUCAUACUUUUACGUGCCCUUUAUUCAAUGAUGAGGCUUCUUCCAGCAUAUCGGCCCUUUCAGAAGCUUUGCUCAUCAAGUCAGGCUUUUGAUUUUGAUAUAAAUUACAAGGUCUCUUCAUUUUGUGCUCCAUUCUCGAGGGCAGCGGAGGAAGUGAUGAAGCAAUACAGUUUAUCCCCUGUAGAUGCUCCACAAGGUCGUCUUUCUAUAUCUGUGAUGUAUCGUGCAAGUCUGUCCGAUUUCAACCUUGAGACUUCUUCAUCGUUCCCACCACAGAUCAUUAUGGAUUAUGUUGGUAGCCCUGCUACUGACCCUCUGAGGGCUUUCCCACUGUCUGGAAAAGUUAUCCAAGGAACAUCCAUUCCAUCAAGAGGGAUACGGUCACCUUCUUCAGCACCAUUUCAGCGUCCACAUAGCUGGACGAGCGGCUUCCAAUUGGAAGCUCCUUUAAUGAAGAAUCAGCCCCUUGGUGGAUCUCCACCUGUGCAUCGCAUGUCUACUAUGGCAUAUGAUUUUCCAUCUUCACCUACAGAUAUAUAUGGUCAUAGGAUUCAAAAUUACAGAUUGCCAACUCACCAUAAGGCAACUAGUUCCAUUGACCACCAGCUUUCUCCUCCAUUCUCUCCAUCUCCUUCCCCAUCUCCCCCAACAUACCUUUCCGGUAAUAAUCCUAUGCAAUCUCGGCUGCGUUCAGAGACUGCCCCCGUUAGUAUCCCACAUCCAAUGAUGGGCAGAAGUCCUAGAUACCUUUCUCCAAAUUUGUCUGAUCCAAAUAGGCAUUCGCUUCCACCCCUAUCUCCCAGAAGCACAAAGCAUGAUCCUUCAUCACAGGAUUCCCCAUCUGGAAGCAGGUUGUUGAGGAAAUCGGAGUCCCAAAGAUCUGGGGAGCUGAAUUCUGGAAUGGCAAAUCAUUAUUCUGGCCAGAAGAUGUUAAAAGAUAGCAAAGAUGAUUCGGGGCGAUUCUCAGCUUUGCUAUCUUCAAGUGGAUCACCACGUAUUGGAUUCUCAAGCUCUAUUAGAUUACCUUUUCAGGAUGAUUUGGAUGACGGUGACUUCUCGUGUCCUUUUAUUGUUGAUGAUGUUGAUACAUCAGAUUCCCCUGUCAGUCAGAAUCUUGAUGGGCAAAUAGCUUCAGAGUUUACUUCACAGCCAUUCUCAACGACUCGAAAAUCACAAGAUGCAGCUGUUGGUGCUCUAGUACACAUGCUAAGGACUGCACCUCCUCUACGUCAAGAUUCAAGUUGUUACUCAUCUCAUUCCUCCAAGAUUGAACUUGAGGGAGAAGUUGGUGCAGAGUCUGGAUUCUUUGUGCCUCGAAAGACAUCUGAUGCACUUGAGGAGCUCAGGGGUUACAGAGAGAUGAAAGACCUGCUACACUCCAAGAAUAGAAUUCAGGCAGUUAGCAAGGAGGCUGCUUAAGUCUGCUGCUUUUGUGGGGGGUAAUCUUACUACGAGAACAAUGAACUACUUGGGGAAGAAGCGUAAGAUGGGUUUCUUGCUGAUUGGUUCUAGAUACAAAAACUGUGCCAGAACAUGAACAUUUGGUUUAGUGUGUUUAGAGCAGCAUUUUUUUGAACAAAGGACUAACAGGACGUUUACGCUUGAUUACUUAAUUAGUUAGCAGAAUUAUACCAAUUACCUGAUUUUCACGACCGUUAUGUUUAGAAAGUUCAAAGUCAGUAUCUUCUCCUCCGUUUUUCUAUUUAACAUCAGGAGGAUUCCAUAUACAUGAAUAUAUGAAAGGUUUGAGUAUGUAUAAAAUGAUACAAUUGUAACUAAAAGACUGGUUAUGCUUCUCUCUUUUAAUCAUGCACAUGCUCUUUGGCUUGAAUUCACUAA